UUGAUCGGUACCUUCCAAAUUCUGCUGUCCGUCUUUUAACACCUACGAUUCCAGGAAUCAUUAUGCCAAAAACUCAGUGCACAGCAAAAUCUUUUAAAGAGUCUCCCUUCCUGCACAGCUAAUAAUGAGCACGGCCGAGAUCUCGAGUUCCUCUCCAUCUUACAAGUGUUCUCAGCUCAUCGCGAAGCGGUUUGUGCGCAGUGCUUCGCCACUAAAUUUCAGAAUGGUUGGUGUUAAAUCAGGAACAUGGGUGUGCCCUCUCAUCUGCUUACUCUAUCUACUGGCCUUUCUACAAGUUGAAGGUGACAAUGUGCCCAUGACUGUGUUGAAAGGUGCAGUAGCUGAAGGAGCAGUUUGCUUGGAUGGAAGUGCUCCAGCAUAUAAUCUCGCCCCUGGUUCUGGCUCUGGUGCAAAUAACUGGUUGGUUUUCGUCGAGGGAGGAGGUUGGUGCAGCACUGUUGAAGAAUGCUUAGCACGUAAAAACACUUUUAGAGGUUCCUCUGAUCAUAUGCCGCCUCAAUCCUUCUCUGGCAUGUUAGGAGGCGUUCAGCAAAGCAAUCCUGACUUCUAUAACUGGAACCGGGUCAAGAUUCGGUACUGUGAUGGUGCCUCAUUUACAGGGGACAUAGAAAAAGUAGAUCCUGCUACAGGUCUCCACUUCAGAGGAGCCAGAGUUUGGAGAGCUAUAAUGAAAGAUCUAUUGGCGAAGGGGAUGAACAAAGCACAAAAGGCACUUCUCGGUGGUUGCUCGGCAGGUGGAUUGACAACCAUACUACAUUGUGACAACUUCCGCAGUCUUCUCCCAGCUACUGCAACAGUGAAAUGCUUCUCCGAUGCUGGUUAUUUCAUUGAUGCGAAGGAUAUUUCUGGAGCAGACGCGAUCCAAUCCUUUUAUGGUGAUGUUGUUAAACUUCAUGGAUCAGCAAAUAAUUUGCCAUCUUCAUGCACGUCGAGGUUACCAGCAAACAAGUGCUUUUUCCCACAGAACGUGGUGGCCACAUUGAAGACACCCCUUUUUAUCCUCAAUGCAGCAUAUGAUCAAUGGCAGAUCGAUCAUAUUUUAGUGCCAUCCUCUGCUGAUCCGAAGAACACUUGGGGAGACUGCAAGCUCGAUAUCAAGAAAUGUUCCUCGGAUCAACUUCAGAAACUGCAAGGUUUCAGGACAACGUUCCUGAACGCACUGCCGGGAGCAGGCAGCUCGUCUACGGGAUUGUUCAUCCUCUCAUGCCACACUCAUUGCCUAUCUGGAGAUGCGGAUAUCUGGUAUUCAGAUGAUUCUCCAAAGAUCGAUAACACUCCAAUUGGGAAGGCUGUGGGAGACUGGUACUUCGGUCGGAGUUCUGCUGUAAGGAAGAUCGACUGCCCGUAUCCAUGCAAUUCUUCGUGUCGUAAAGUUGCCGCCGGUUCCAUGGAAGAUUAGCUUUCUUGUCAUAUUUCUUAAUCACAUAAAUGUUUCUCGAUGCGUUAGAUAUAAUAAGUGAGCUCUAUUUUAGCUUAUUAUCGAACUUGAAUUAGUUCGAAAUGACAUGGAUCAAAACCUUGACUCAUAAA